UUUUUUUUUUUCCUCUCUCAAGCCCAUUAUGUCAAGUUGCCUAUGGUUCAUCAAAGUGUCCUAUGUGCAUACUAUAUUUAAGUCAUAUUUAGACAAAGACUAACAAACCUUAAGAAAAAAAGUGCCAGUACUGCCAGAUUUUUCGGGUCUAAUAAAACACUAUCUAAAAUGAUUGUAAGUCAAAAUGUAGUCUUCCACGUCUUCUUUUUUUUUUUUUUUUUUUUUUUUGAAAAAGGUAAAGAAAAAAAUAGAACAUUAGGACUUAGGAGACCUUCAAGAGGAGAAUCUCCAAAGCCCUCCAUACCCAUUUGGGUCUUAGUUAUUCCUUGUUAAUCAUUGGACAUAUAUCAACAAAUCAAGCAAACAUUCUAGAUUACAUUGAAAUUUAUUUAUUUUUAUUUUUUUUAGUUUAUGAUUUUACCAAAAGUAAAGGGGACUACGACACCCAUCUGACAUCAUGCCUUGCAUCCCCUCUCUUUCGUUUUAUUUCAAAAUUUUAAGCAAAAAGUUUACAAACCCAAAGAAAAGGAAUGUAAAGAGUAACAAGCUUUGUUAAUAACAGUAGUUAAGCAAAGUGGUGAAUUGGGUACGGUUGAGGCCAAAAAGCUCACAGCAAGGUUUCCCACAUAAUUAUUACAAACUCUUCUUUGGAGAAUUCAAAGAUUUCGCUUCAAUCCGAACUAGACACUCCGUAAAGAACAACAGAGUGAGUCGAAAAGUGUAAAUAUUGUGGGAUAAGAGGUAAGAUUGUAAAUUAAAAAUGAAUAAGGUAGAAAGUAAGUACCAAUUAAAAAAUAAUACCAAAAAAAAAAAAAACAUGGGUACAUCAAUUAAAUUAGAGUAAAAAGGACGGUAGCUACAUGAUAGCCUUACAUAUUUAUGACAAACUAGAGCCCUAGAAAUGAAAGAAAGGGCGUUAGACAAAAGCCAUGAUUAAAAUAGUGAUAAACUAAAGUAUGUGUAUAAGACAAGUCAAAGUAAAUCAGUGCAACUACACCAUAUAUAAACGAAGUAUGAAUAAGCCAAUUUUUUAAUUAUAUUACUGGUAAACGUCAACAAUGAUAAAAUAUUACUCCAAUUAGAGCAUUACUUAACUUGUUUACCAAGACAAAAUUAUGAUAUAUUAAUAAGAGAAUUUGACAUUCGAAUCAGAGAAACUUCCUCUGUUUUUCACUCUCUCAUAACAAACCAAUCGUUCCCCUAUAAAGAUGACUAAUAGCUCCAAUCUUAAAAUUUAAGAAAGCAAACUAACAAAGAACAAAAAAAAAAUGGAAACGCUGACUACAAGCUCUGUUUUGACAGCAGUAGUAUGCAUUACUGUUGUGACAGUGAUGAUCAAAGUGGUGUAUUGGGUGUGGUUAAGGCCCAAGAAGCUAGAGAGACUGCUUAGACAGAAAGGUUUCUCUGGCACUUCUUACAAAUUUUUGUUUGGAGGUAUCAAAACUUUUGUCACGAUGCGUGAAGAGGCCUUAAAAACUCCCAUGGAUAGGUUCUCUGACGAAUACUUUCCGCGUGUGGAACCUUUUCGCCAUCAGCUUGCCUCCAAGUUUGGAAAUGAUUUCUUCCUCUGGUUUGGCCCUAUACCUAUGUUACAACUCUCAAAGCCACAGUCAAUUCGAGAGGCGCUGACCAAAACGCAGGAAAUACGCAAGGCGAAGGUAAACCCCAUUUUCGACAAGCGUUUUCCAGGGCUUGUCAGCUAUGAGGGAGAGAAAUGGGCCAAACAUCGGAAGCUGAUCAACCCUGCUUUCCAUGUGGAGAAGUUAAAGCUUAUGUUACCGGCAUUCCGUGAUAGUUGUGAAGAAAUAGUCAACAAAUGGGAGAUGAUAGUAGCUGAAAGGGGUUCAGGUGAGCUAGAUGUGUAUCCGGAUAUAAUGCAGCUUGGUGCUGAUGUGAUCUCUAGAGCAGCAUUUGGUAGCAACUAUGAGGAGGGACAAAAGAUAUUCGAACUCCUUAAAGAGCAGACUGAUUUAUCUCUUCUUAUGCUACAAUCUGUUUAUUUCCCAGGGAAGAGAUUUAUUCCAACACCAAGAAAUAGGAGGUUUAAAAAGCUAGAAGAUCAGAUACAAAGUUCACUGCGUAAAAUUAUCAACAAGAGGAAAGAGGAAAUUGAUACUGGAGAAGCGGUUAAGACUGACCUUUUGGGUAUACUCAUGGAUUCCAAUUCAAAAGAAAUUCAACAAGCUACAGGCAGUAACAAGAAUCAGCAUGUUGGGAUGAGCCUUGAAGAUGUAAUUGAUGAGUGUAAACUAUUCUACUUGGCUGGACAAGAAACUACAUCAACACUAUUAGUUUGGACAUUGAUAAUGUUGAGCAAGCAUCAAGAAUGGCAAACACGAGCACGAGAAGAAGUCUUGCAAACCUUUGGGCAAAAUGUGCCUGACUUUGAAGAUUUAAACCAUUUAAAGACAAUGACCAUGAUACUGUAUGAGGUGCUAAGACUCUAUCCACCAGUAAUGCAGAUUACCAGAUGGGUACCUAAGGAUACAAAUCUGGGUGGAUUAUCAGUUCCUUCAGGCGCAAUGAUAACUUUCUUUGUGCAUACUGUUCACCGAGAUCAGGAAUUUUGGGGUAAUGAUGCACAAGAAUUCAAGCCAAACAGGUUUGCUGAAGGGAUUUCCAGGGCAACAAAUGGGAAUAAUUCAUUUUUCCCUUUUAGUUGGGGACCAAGAAUAUGUGUAGGGGAAAAGUUUGCAAUAACGGCAGCAAAAAUGGCAUUAUCCAUGAUUCUACAACGCUUUUCCUUUGAGCUUUCACCAUCCUAUGUUCAUGCACCCAAGACUGUUAUGUUUCUACAGCCUCAACAUGGUGCUCAGAUAAUCUUACACCAGCUUUAAUGGUAUACAAGCAGAGAAUUCAUACUAAUUUAUCCUACUGUUUGUUAUCCUUAUGAAAUUUCACUUCCUUAUCAGUCCAAGGAUUUGAACUAUUAAAAAUUCACUUGAACUUUUCUAAUUUUCCAUUACAUUUGUAGAAGUUAUGCAGUUGUCAGUAAUGCUAUGAUUUCUAAAUU